CGACAUUCGUUCAGUAUAGUGUGAGCAUUCUUAGCUGUCAGUUGUUCUCUCAGUUGUCUGGAGUAUAAUAAUCAUAACUGUUCAUUGUAGUGCAAGUGCAAUUUUGUGUUUUCUUUCUCUGUGUUCUUUCUGUUAUACAGAUUUACACUAUACAACCCAUAUUUAAAAAAAUAUACAUAAAAACACGGUUCCUAAAAUAUAUACGACAAAUUUUGUGUAGAAAAAUUGCUUUUUACUUGACAAAUUUUCAAAUAGAAAAGUCGGUCCUGUUUUAAAAGUGUCCCUGUACCGAAUUUCCAAUAAAACCAAAAAAAUUCCAUUUCUAACGGGAAGUGCAUAAAAGUACAAGCAAAAAGAGUAGAAGAAAGGAAGAAAACCGUUGUUUCGUAGUGCAAUCGUGUUUUUUUGUUUGAAACAUACAAAUCUAAAAUCUAGUGAUCUGUGGUGAGAAUUUUGAAUUUUGUAAUAUUCAAAUUCCCAUAACUGUUAAUUUCCCAUCAUCAAACUCUUUUGACUCAAAACUUGACGAAAACAUAAAUUGAAAAAAAAAAAAUAAAAGAUGGCAGCUGAAGUAGCAACAAAUCAACAACAAAAUAUCGCCGCCGAGGACAAAGCCGCUGCCCCACCAGCAGCGGUUGAAAAUAAAACAGAAGAAGCGGCAGCAAACAAUGUAGGCGAAGCGGCCGCUGCUGCUGCGGCAGCGGGCGACAAAGCAGCCACUGGAGACGCCACCGCAAAUGCUGCCGAUGAGAAGAGUGCUACAGCGGCGGGCGAAGGUGGUGACGGUGCUGCCGGAGAUGGUACCGCUACGACACCAGCGGCCGAUGGCGAUGCCAAGAAGGAGGGCGCCGGCGAGAACCACGAGAACUCGGCCAACAACACCACCGUCACGAAGACCGAAGCGCCACCAAAGUACAACGUCCACAAGGCGAACUUCGAAAAGGAUGUUAUCUACUUGUACCAAUUUUCGCGUACCCCACUGCUGCCAUCGCUUUCGCCCUAUUGUCUUAAAGUUGAGACUUGGUUGCGUAUGGCUGGAUUAAAAUAUGAGAAUGUCGAUCACAAAAUGCGCUUCCGUUCCAAAAAAGGACAAUUGCCAUUCAUUGAGCUUAAUGGUGAAGAAAUUGCCGACUCAGCCAUAAUUAUCAAAGAAUUAUCAGCUAAAUAUGAAAAGGAUCUCGAUGCCGCCCUUACUCUAGAACAACGCAAUGUUUCAUAUGCAAUGAUUCAAAUGUUGGAAAAUCAUUUAAUUUGGAUUAUCUUUUAUUGGCGUGCCAAAUAUCCCGAUAAUGUGCUCAAGGGUUACAAAGUUAAUUUGCAACAUGCCUUGGGUCUCAGAUGGCCAAAUUCAAUUUUGAAUUUCUUCUUUAAGAUAACAUUCGGCCGCAAGUGGUUCCAGGGUUCCAAAAAAUUGAAGGCUCAUGGCAUCGGUGUACACAGUGCUGAGGAGAUCGAGGAAUUCGGAAAGAACGAUUUGAAAGUACUCAGUGAUAUGUUGGCGUAUAAACCAUUUUUCUUUGGUGAUGAAAUUACUACAUUGGAUGUUGUUGCAUUUGCCGUCCUUUCACAAUUGCAUUAUCUAUCAAAGGAAAUUGCCUAUCCACUAAGAGAUUUCAUGACCGAAAAAUGCCCGAACUUAGUUGGCCAUGUGUCUAGGAUGAAGGAAAGGUGCUUCCCCGAUUGGGAUGAGAUUUGCACUAAAUUGGACUUGAAUGCACAUCUGCCAAAGCCAGAACCUGAAGCCAAGGAAGGCAAGGAAGGUGAACAAGAAAAGUCAACAGAACAAGAUAAUGAAACAGAGAAAAUCGAGAAGGAAUUAGAAAAGGACAAGUCCUACGAGAAAGAGAAGGCGGAAGAGAACAAGGAAAAGGAGGAGGCUAAAUAAACAAACUCAUCAUCCAACCAUCCCCCCGCAUAUAUAAACAUUCAGAGAGAAACAUAACUCACCCCCUUCUUUUUUAUAUAAAUAUUUAUAGAAGUAAAUAAAACAAAACAAAAUCAUAAAUAUAGAUAUAAACACUAAUCAUUCAAAAAUUAUAUAGAAGAAAAACAAAAAAACAUUGAUGAUUAAAGAAAAAAAACAACAACAACAUCAAACAAAUUUAAGGGACAUUUUUUAUAUUUAUAUAUAUAAAAGUAAAAAAUUUAAAAAAAUCAACAUGUAUUAGAACAAAAAAGAAAAACAUUAAAAAAAUAAAAACAAUACAAAAUUUUUUAUAUUAAGCAAGUUAGUUAAAUAUCCAACAAAACAAAAACAAAAAAAAACAUUGACGAUUGAUUUUAUAGAAUAUUUUUGAAUUUUCUUUUCGAUUUUUAUAUAUAAUUAUUAUUAAAUAUAUAUUUAUAUAUUAAAUGAGAGAACGGAAUGAGAAAAUAAUCUACAAGAAGAAAAAUGAUGAAAGGAUUACAAACAAACAAAAAAAUAUGUUUUUUUUUUUUAAUAUUAUAUUAUAUUAUUAUUUGUAAUGUUUAUAUUGUGUUUUAAUCUUUAAUUUUAAUUUUUAAUAGGGCGAAACGAAUUUGUGUGCAAAUAUUAAGAUUUUAAACAAAUAUAUGAUGAAUGUAUUUUUCUUUAAGUGGAUUUAUACUUUCCACUUAAUGUUUAAGAAAAUCUUCAAAAAAAACAAGAAGAACGGACAUGACAAGAUUGUUUAUAAUUUUUUUUUUCGUAAUUUUAAAACAAAUUUCUUUUAAGAUUGUUGUUAUACAUACAAACAAAAUAUAAGAUAUUAUUUGCCUUAUUUUGUGUCUUGUGUUCUAAUAUAUCACAGCUUAAAUAUAUAAAUUUAAAUAUAUUAAAUUAAAACUUGCUAAAAAUCGAUAAAUCAAAACAAAAAACAAAAUACUAAAACCAACCGAACAACAACAAAAAUAAAUAUAAAAACAACAACUUCAACAACGUUUCGUUUAAUAUCAUUAAAUGUAAAUUGAGACAAGUAAAUAUAUAUAAAUUUAAGUAUCUUUAUAUAUUAUACUAUGUAAGUCGUUUUACUUUUUUUCUUUAUAUAAAUAAAACAAAAAUUACAAUUUAAAAAACAAACAUAAUGUAAAAUUACUGUCAAACAUUUUUGUAAAAACAAAUUUAUAUUAAAUGUGAAAAUAAAGAAAACAAAAUAAAAAUAAAUACAAAAAACAAAAGUAAGUGUGUGUAAUAUUUAGCUGAUACCUUUUUUCUAAAAAAAAAGUAAAAAACAAAAAAAUAGAUACAAACGAAAAUAGAAUUACAACAAAAAACAAAUACGGAAAAGAGUUAUUAACAAAAUUUUUAAAUUUAAAAAUAAACAAUCAAAAUAUAAGCGAUUAAUUAACAAAAAAAAAAACAUACAAAAAGAGGAGGAAGAAAUAAAGAACAAAAUUUAAAAAAAAAUACCAAAAACAAAACAACGUCAACAUUUUGUGUCUGGGAACAUUUUUUUAUCAUCAUCUCACUCUCUUUUUACAAAAAUAAAAACCGAAAGAAAUUCAUUCAUUUCGAACACAUUACAAUGACCAGGAUAAUUAUUAUUAUAUAAAUUUUACACUUUUUAGCUCAGUGUGUUUUAUACUUAUAUAUUAUAUAUAAAUAUAUAUUCAACAAAUUUAUAUAUAGCAGCAAGGAAAACAAAACAAAAAUAUUAUGUGCUUGUAAACAACAACAAAAUAUCUUCGUUGGCAUUUUUUUCUUUUUUAAAUAAAUGUUUAAAAAAUAUACAGAGACACGUUUUAUUCAUAAAUAAUAUUAAAAACAAUAUAUAAAUAAAAAGAAAAAAAAAUAUGUUAGUGGUGCUUAUAAAUAAAAGACAAAGAAAUCAAAUCUGCCUUUGUUUAGCGACAUCAUUAUGUUUUAAAACACUCAACAUCAUACAAAAAUCAAAUCCACACUUACUAUUUGCUGGUGAAAGCUGAAGGUUUGUCAUUCUUUUUUUUUUGGCUAUACCAUAUGUUUAAAAAAAUGAAGAUAUAUACAAUUCAAUUCACAUAGAUUCUUUUGGAAAAAAUGUAGAAUUUAAAUAUCAACAUUUACUUAUCGUUUUGUGGAUGGCCGAAAAGAGACAAGACAUUGGCAACACUUUAUUUUAUACAUAAUUCCAUUUAAUGCUUAUGUAACCAGCCACGCCCCAAUUAUAAUAUAAUUAUUAUUAUUACAACAAACACACAUUUUAUACUUUAUAUACAUACAUGACGUUUCGUUUCUCUUUUUAGUUUCGAAACAAACAUUUUUUUGUUCUUAUUUUUUUAUAUACAAUAUUUUUAUAUUUUUUUAAUUAUUUACUUUUUUAUAUAUAAAUACAAAUUAUAUAUAAAUAAAAUAUAAAUAUUAGUAUUAAUUUAAAAUAAAACAAAAAAAAGUAUAGUAAUUAAAUAAUAAAAUUACGUAUUGUGUAUUGAUAUUAAAUUUAAAAUAAUAAAAAAAUGAAAUGAAAAAAUAUAGUAAAAAUAAAAAAAAAACACAAACACAAAAAAUUAUUAUAAAUAAAUACAAAAAAAAAAAUGUUGAGAACAAGAAAAAAAAAUCAUACAAAAAAAACUGCAAAACAAAAAUAAGAAUUAAUAUAAUUUUUAAGAAAUAUGAAAUUUUAUUAACCUUGGCAUGUUAUUAAGAGUUGAUGUUUCUUAAAAAUUGUAUUCAUUUUCUUUUUUGUUUUUUUUUCUAAUAUAAGAAAAUAAAUAUUUUUUUUUUAAAUCAUAUUUUUUAUGACUUAAAACUUCUCAUUUGAUUUAAUCGACAACAACAAAAACAAAUAACAAAAAAGUUAAAAACAGUAACAACAAUUUUAAGAAUAAAUAUUAAGUAUGAAAACAAACCCCCGAACAAAAUGAUAAUAACAAAACAAAAACUCAUUUGCUUAAAAUAAAAAAGGCGUAAAUAAAUUCUUGUACGUAUAAAAAUAAAAAUAAAAUUAAAAAAAAACAA